UUUUUUAGCACGUUAUUUAAAUUUUUUGUUCUUGAUGUUUUUUAUGGUUUUACGGCGUACUAGAUCAAAGAGGAACUUGACUAGAUGGAUAGAAAAUGUUGACUGUUGACAUUCAACAUGGCGGCAUGUCGUCAGUGCUGUGCUGUGUCGUGCUUGUGUAACUAAAGAAAACAAAUUUUAACACAGAAAAUUGGAAGUAUAUCUACGAGCUUUGUCAAAUUAUGAGAAUAACAGCACAAAACGCACCCAGCACGCAUUGAAGACAUCUGAGGAUUUUUAUUUAACCUUCUGUUACAUUACAAAUUUUGAGUGACUGUGAAUUGUAAUUUUUUUUAUUUAUUGGGUUGUUUUUAUCAUUCUAUUCACAUUGUGAAGUAUUGUUGACCACUCGAAUCAUAAAAGCGAUUGAUACAUUGUGAAUUGAUUUCAAUCUGCACGACUUCCAAAGUCGUCAGCAUUAGUUUUGGACAUUUAGUGAAAUCGGCUGCCAUAUUGACUUUGGGUGUACAUUUAAUAUUGACGAAAACCAUUCUGUGAUAUUCGCUACAAUUAAGGAACAACUAACAAAGACAGUCAGAAGUAAUCAUUGUAUCCACAUCAAAGAAGAGAUCGAGAAGACAUGUCAGGCAAUCCUCAGUGGAAAAACUUCCAGCCGUCUGACAUUAUGAAUCAGGAUUCUGCUAUCUUGGACUUAAAGUCCAUGGGAACCACUGGUAAAUCAUCUCAAGCAUUCAAUUUCAAUCGUUCAACAUCGUCAUCGCGGUUUGGGCAAGAAUUUCCACUUCUUCAAGAUAAAUCUUCUUCAUCAAACGCCCCCUAUUCCAACAAUGGUAUUUAUGGAUCUUCUAGUGCGACUCAAGCAGGAAAUGGAAGUCGAUUUUCGAUAGGCACCUUCUCUUUGGACUCCAACAGUGUAUUCAACAGCUCUGGAGAUAACACAAAUAUAUUUUCAUCCCCAUCUAGUGCGAAUAAUUCCAGUUUUGAUUCUAAUUCCACAAAUUUGGGUACAAGGGAAACUGGCAUAAUUGAAAAACUUUUGCAUUCAUACGGUUUCAUACAAUGUUGCGAAAGGCAGGCCAGGUUGUUCUUCCAUUUCUCCCAGUUCAGUGGUAACCGUGACCAUUUGAAAAUUGGCGAUCCUGUGGAAUUUGAAAUGACCUACGAUCGUCGCACCGGAAAGCCAAUUGCAAGUUCUGUGUCCAAAAUAGCACCUGAGGUGGUUAUGAGUGAAGAACGAGUUACAGGUACGGUGACCACUGAAGUAAGAGGUGAAGGAUCGGCUGGCGACACUACAGGAAGAAUUAGUUACGAAAAUAGGGGUGAAUGCUUUUUCUUACCCUACACCAAAGAUGAUGUCGAAGGAAAUGUUACUUUAAGCGCAGGGGAUAAAGUCAGUUUUCAAAUAGCAACAAAUAAUCGUGGAAAUUUAGGAGCUUGUCAUGUUCGCUUGGAGAACACAGCACAUCCAGUCAAAUACCAAGGUGUUGUUUGUUCGAUGAAGGAGAGUUUUGGAUUUAUAGAGCGGGCGGAUAUAGUUAAAGAGAUAUUCUUUCAUUUCUCUGAGGCAAAAACCAAAGAAGAACUAAGACUUGGAGAUGAUGUCGAAUUCAUUAUCCAGACUCGCAAUGGCAAAGAAGUAGCAUGUAAUAUUACUCGCUUACCAACGGGUACGGUGAUUUUUGAAGAUCUGAAACCUGAUAUUAUUAAAGGUCAAGUGUUGAAACCACUUGACAAAGGCCCAAAUGCACGUCAUUUAUCCGAUCCCUUGCCUGGUAGAAUAAGAUAUAGGGCACCUGAUCACUCAGAGGUGGAAAUUUCAUUUGGUGACAAAGACCAAAAGGGCGAUUUCACCCUUCGCCAUGGAGAUUGGGUACAGUUUUGCAUUGCUACAGAUAGAAGGGAUGGACUUAAUAGAGCCACUAAUAUAUCUCUAUUAGAUGAAAGCUUCCUAGUUUCAGGAGAAAAGAGAGAGCAGGGGGUUGUAAGCAGUAGAAAAGAUGGCUAUGGUUUCCUCAGAUGUGUCGAUAGAGAACCUAAAUUAUUCUUCCAUUUCAAUGAGGUGUUGGAUUCUGAAAGAGAAAUCCAGGUUGGAGAUGAAUUCGAGUUCACUGUUAUUCAAGACCAGACUAGUUCCUUUGCGAACAAUAGACAAAGUGCGAUAAGAAUGAAACUGCUUCCUUCUGGAACUGUUCAGUUUGAAACUUGCGUGGAAUGUGAAGUGCAAGGAGUUGUAUGUAAGGAGGUUCCCCUCAUUAAUUGGACUGUACGUAGUCCUAGCAAGGGUGGAUUAACCAACGGUGAACACCAGCAAGCGGAGCCUGGCCUUAUAUCUUAUCAAGUUGGUGGGCAGAAAAAAAAUAUAUCAUUUUAUCCUAAGGAUAUCGACAUGAAACAUUAUCCUAGACUUGGUGACAAGAUCAAAUUCGAUAUAAGUCAGGUUAAAAGAAAUAAAGAAUUGAUAGCUACCAAUAUUCAAAUUGUCCAGUCAGCUUCUCAAACAAACGGAGUCAAGUUAAACCGUAGUACAAGUAGUGGUCAGAUAUAUCAGGGAUUCAUCGCAGCCCUCAAGGAUGGAUUUGGUUUCAUAGAAACCAUUCAGCAUGAUAAGGAGGUUUUCUUUCAUUUCAGUAACUUCGAUGGAGAAUCAAAUACAUUGGAAUUGGGUCAGGAAGUCGAAUACAACCUGGGCAGUCGUAGCAAUUCUGGAACCUGUUCAUCUGCGGAAAAUGUACGUGUCGUACCUCCUGGCACUAUUGUGUUACCUCAAGUUAAUGGAGAAAUCUUAGAUGGUACUGUUAUAAGACCAUUAAGGUCUGUCAAUCCCGAUCAGACAGACUAUUCCGGUUUGAUUCAGAUCAACAGCGAGAGUCCAGAUGAUGUUCCAGUCGAAUAUGAAUUUGGUAUAAUGGGUCUAAUGAACAAGAGGGAGUUACUUCAAGUAGGGGAUCAUGUUCAGUUACAGGUUGACGCUACAGGUAGAGCUGCUAAUAUUGAAGCUGUAAGAAAGAAAUUGCGGGCCACCGUUGACGCGAUAAAGGGACAUUAUGGGUUUUUGGCCUACGAGGUCGAAGAAGGCAAGAAACUCUUCUUCCACAUGACAGAAGUAAAAGAAGGUGUAAGUCUUCAAGUUGGGGACACGGUAGAAUUUGUGUUGGUCACUAACCAUAGGAGUGGAAGAUCUUCUGCAUGUAAUGUUGUCAAAAUCAAUGACGUCAAAGCUAGGCCAGAGAGGUUGAUAAGCCGCCUAAGAACAAUAUCUUUAGAUGAAGCUGGUCCUAAAUUAACAGUUUUGCGCCAGCCCAAAGGACCUGAUGGUACCAAAGGGUUUUCUUUGGAUGCAAGAAUGGAGCGUUUGCCUGGUUUGGUAAACGAAUAACAGCAGAUAUCAGGAAGCCUGGACGUUCCCAUCAUUCAUUCCCAUCUUUAACCAUGAAAAAUAAUACAGAUAAACUGAGAAAACGUCAGCUGCAACUAGUCUGUGCGUUCAAUUGGCUUACAAUUGGGAUCUCGUCGAAGUAUUCUGUGAUGUUCUUUCAAGCAAAAUUCUCAAUUAUGUUUUUUAGAAGUAACAUAAUUUCUAUCAUGUUCCCGACACUUGUCGGGGUCUUCUGUUUCUUAUUCUGAAAAAUAUGAAAUUCUCGGAGUCGGUUAUUUCUUAUGACAUAUGAAAUAUAUUUAUAAUUGAAAGAUGGACAACUGAAUAAAAAGCAUGACAACUGAAGAACAAAAUAAUUCUGGUACUAAUUUAAAAAUCCAUAACCUUCAAAAUAUAUAGGGUUUCUCAAUAGGAUGUUUCAACAGUGUCCAUAAGAAAAAAUUUAUUUUCAUUUUUAUCGAUUUUGCCUUUUUUUUACGUUAAUUUUUGACAUCUACAUGUUAAUUUAAAUUAACUCUUUAGAGUUAAAGGAAGUCGUUUCAUGUGGAUGAAAAUUUAGAACAUCCUAAUUUCUGGUAUAUUAAUGUUUGUAUUAGUUUUUAGAAGUUUUUUAAUUGUUCGGAAUAAACCUUCAAAAGGAGGCAGCAGAAAGAAGGCUAGUUGACUGAGAUCUUAUUGUGAAACCGAAUUGAAUUCAUGUUCAGAAACUUCCAGAUACUCUUACAUGAAUUAAAUGGUGUCGAAUGAGUUGAGGAGAUUCCUUUUGUGAGCCAUGCAUUAGCAAAGAACUGAUUACCUGCUUUAUCACCCUAAUCUCUUGACGAACAGUCAUAUUGGAAGUUUGUCAAGCUGUAUGUACUUUGUAAGUCCUCUACUACGUAUAAUUGAUCUGCUGAAAUUAAUGAAAACUUGCAACAAGUUUUCUCUUACUGAUAUUGAACAGCCCGAGAAAUAAACACUGUAGUCGUUCAGAUUCAUCAUAAUUAUACUCUUAUGAUUUUAAGCAAAAAAAUUUUAAACAGGGAUUACAUCAAAUCUUAUUUUGUGGAAUUUAAAAAAAAUAUCUCUUUGAUAGGAGUUUUACUGCAGCCUUUCAUCUGCUUCGUUAUGGAAUCUUAGGAUAUUACAAAAGAAAUCCACAGAGUAUUUCACUAUAAAGUGGACAAACAUAUAGUCAUGUAGAUGAGGUCAGCCUUAUCAUAUAUACCCAGUUUUCAAAGCAUAAGCGAGAUAAAGGGUGUUCAAGAUCAUUUUUCCAGCAAUGUUUUGCUGAGUAUGGUGUGUUGUGUACGAGUUUUAAAACAAAUUUUUUCCAGAGUUCUCUACCAUAUUUGGGUUGAGCAUUAGAAAAUACCAAGAUGUGAUUAAAAACCAAUACUUAAAGACCCACUACAUGUGACAAAAUAUUGCUAAAAAUGAUCUUAAACAUACUAUAUGCUUUAAAAACUGAAUAUUUAUGAUAAGGCAAUAGUAAUUAUUCUGAUCUCAUUUACAUGUAUUACAUUACAUUCAUAAAUAUUUUUCCAGUUCAUGGUGAAACACCCUGUAAAAUUCUUGAAUUUGAGCCCUUCCUUGUUUAGUGCCAUAAAAGCAGAAAACAAGAGAAAAUUUGGUUUUCAAGUGCUUAUCAAUUAUUGAUAUAUUUCAUGUUUUGGUCUACCCAGUGCUUUUUUAACAAUAAACGUGUUCAUUAAUUUCCACUCCAAAAAACCUUUCGCUGGAAUUUGUUUUAUUAUUGAACUUAAUUGAUAGAAACAAGCAUUUGAAAAUGUUGUCGAUGGAACAAAAAGUUACACUAAUUUCUUAUCAUCCACCACUACUAAGUACUAAGUACAGUGCAUAUAAUACUUCAAGAUGGCCUAGUUUUUGGCCAAAUGUUGUUCUUUUCUAUUUUCCAUUAUAGAAAUUCUUAGAACUUCAGCAAAAAAUUACGACUUCUAUCUCAAUUCUCAUUUUUUAUUAAUAUACUUCGAAUUAUUCUCUGAACGACCGACAGUGUAUUAAAAACUUCAAAAUUAUUGAUUGAAGUUUGUAGAUUCAGGUUCACAUCAUUGAAAUAAUUGGCUAUUUGCCCUAAUUUCUUUGUAAUUUUUUAGAAAAUUUAUACCCCACAAAUAAAAUUGUGUUAUUUUAUUUAAUUAAAAUUGUUUCUUAUUGGACCAAAACAUUGGAAUUCAGGUGAUAUUGUUUAAAAACUGUAUUAUAGCAAUUUAUUUGAAAAUAAUGGUCAUUUUGAUUCAAUUGCUUUUUUUUAGCAUCGAUGAAUUGAUCUUUCAAAGUUUCAAAUGGCUGAAAAUUUUCGCGUUUAUGUGAACGAAGUAUAAAUUUCAGCAAAUAUCGGUAUUUCUGAUUUUAUACAUCAUAGAUAAAGUUUUGUAUAAACUUGUGAACAAAAUAUAUAGUAUUUAUUUUAA